AUGAAGACCUCAACCUGCUCCCUCCUCCUCGCCGGUCUUUUCUCCCUCGGCAGCAACUUUGUCAGCGCCGACCAGAGCAACACCGAUGCUCUCGAAGCCUUCGCCGAGGGCCUUGGUCUCUCGUCCACCGAGAUCUCCGGGCUGGCCGAGUCCUACGACGCUGCGGGUGACAAUGUCGAUAUAUCGUGCUCGCUGCUGGGCCUCCUCUUCCCCGAGAGCACUGUCCUCCCUGGUGCCGAGGUCGCAUAUACCUCGAAGGUCGGCAUCAACUGGUCUGUCCGGGCCCACCUAACACCAUCGUGCAUCUUCUCGCCCAACAGCACCAGCACCGCCGCAACAGGCGUCAAGAUCGCCGCCUUCCUCAACACACCCUUCGCGAUCCGCAGCGGCGGCCACACGCCCGACCCCGGCGCAGCGUCCAUCUCCAGGGGCGUGCUGUUCUCGCUGGAGAACCUGAACGAGGUGACCAUCGACCACGAGAGCGGCGUUGCGCGCAUCGGGCCGGGAAACAGGUGGAUCAACGUGUACGAGAAGUGCGAGAGCGAGGACGUGCUGGUCGUCGGCGGCAGAGUCGCGCCUGUCGGCGUAGGCGGUCUUAUUACCGGAGGCGGCCUCUCCUUCCUCUCCGGCACUGAAGGCUUCGCCGCCGACACCGUCAAGAACUUCGAAGUCGUCCUCGCCUCCGGCGAGGUAGUCAACGCCAACGCCACCUCCCACCCCGACCUCUGGUGGGCGCUCAAGGGCGGCAGCAACAACUUCGGCCUCGUCACACGCAUCGACCUGGCCACCAUCCCCAAGCCGUCGGGCCUCAUCUACGGCGGCACGCUCUACUUCCUCCCCUACCAGUACCCGGCCAUCAUCAGCGCCAUCAAGGCCUUCCAAGAAAAGGGGCAGAUCGAGGACCCCAAGGCCGCAAUCAUAUCAUCGUUCAUCCGCAUGCCGUCGCAGUCGGCCGAGCUGCUGACGCUGCAGGUGUUCCAUCAGGACCCGGAGGCGACGGUGCCGGAGGCGCUGCAGCCGUUCUUUGAUGUCGGCCCGUUCCAGAAUACGGCGAGCGUGCGGCCGCUGAGUAGUUUUGCGAACGAGAUAUACUCGAUGGAGAGUGUUCCUGUGGCGCGGCAGUCGUUCCGUGACCUGUCGGUGCUGGUGAGCGAGGAGAUGUACCAGUAUGCCAUUGACCUGUUUACGAGCACGUAUGCAGCGCUAGAUGAUGUGCCGGGGUUCCUGGGGUCGCUCACGUAUCAGCCGAUCUCGACGGCGAUGGUGGAUGUGGCGAAUAGCACGGGAGGGAGGGCGAUGGGCGUGCCGAGGGCGCCGCAUGUGUGGUUCUGUCUGAAUGCGAUGUGGGCGGAGGAGGCGGAUGAUGAGCUUGUGCUGGGGACGGGGAAGGCGUUUAUGGCGAAGCUGGCGGAGAAGUCGAGGGAGUUGGGGGUGGAGGAGCCGUUCUUGUAUCUGAACGAUGCGGCGCAGGAUCAGGGUGUUGUGGAGAGUUAUGGCGAGGAGGUGGUGGAGAGGUUGAGGGGGGUGAGUGGGGUGUAUGAUGAGGGGAAGGUGUUCCAGAGGUUGGUGAAGGGGGGCUUUAAGCUGUGGUAG